AUGCGCGUGUUAUAUUCCGAAGAUGAGAGUGAUAUCUCUAAAAAAGAAAAUAAACCUGAACCUUUCACAGCCCUGAAAUUUUAUAUGCUAGAACUUCUCCUUAAAUCUUUAAAAACCGAAAAAUCGACGUAUAAUCUUCGAUAUCUACUUCAUUUAAUAAAUGUUUACGUGGUUGAAGAUGUAGCAUUUUGUCCUGGAUUGGUCAGUCUCGUAGUAAAAUCUAUUCAAGAAAAGGUUUUGACUAUGAAUCUUCCUUCUGAUGUAACUUUAUAUGCCUUUGAUGUCCUUAAAGACUUUGUCGGGUUGUAUGAAUAUGUCCAACGGGAUAGCAAAAAUUGUGCUAGAGAAUUGGUCUUGGAAUUUUGCCGUUAUAUCGACACAAUGCUUUCUGGUGCAUAUGGUGGAUUGUCGAUAACAUUUAAUUUAGUCGAAAAAGCAUAUGAUUGUAUGAUGCGUUGGAUACUUGUUGGUCAAUGGAUAGUUGGUGAUCGUGAUUGUCAUGAGGCUGUGAUCUCGACAAUUAGUAAAGGCAUUUCUAUAAUCCCAAAUAAUGAUGACGAUAAUGCACAACCAAGUUCUCCUGCUGAUAAGAAAAAGAAUCGCAAAGAUCCAAUUCCUAAUAAACUUUUUGCUACACGAGUUAAAAUGUCUACAGCUAAUAACGACAGUAUGAUGCAAGCUGGUGGACAAAAUCGAUGCGGGAAAAAAGGGGAAAUGGCCGUUAAACUUGCUGCCGAAAUCGCAAUGUCCCAAUUUGUAAAUCAUUUAGGAAACUUCCCUGCUUGGAGUGAUCAUAUUGGACCAAGCAGAGUUUCAACUCUUUUUAAUGAUGACUUGUUACUCGCUAAAGCACGGAUCGCAGAGUCGAAUGUAGGAUCUAUUCCCGAGCUAGUUAGGUACUUUUUGAUUGAUGGCCGAGUUGUGAUAGGUUUUGUAGAAAUACCAAAGCAUCCAGUAUGGAUAAUUAAUAAAGAUCCAAAGACUUUGGUUGCAUCUGACAAUUUGGAAACGCCUGUUGAAGCAGGAACUCCUGUUUCAUCUCCAGGAACACCAAAGGCUCCAAUACCACAAGCAUAUAUUCAAAAAGAAUUAGAUGAAACCGAUGACUGUCCAUCGGUCAUUAUAGUUAUGCGGGAUAGUACAGGAAAAUACUCGUGGGAAUCACACAUGUGCUACAAACCACCUAUUGGAGACAGCAGUAAAACUCGUCCUUUAUCCCCGGAAAUAGAUAAAGAAUUGCAUGAACCAACUUUAUUAUCCCCUUUACAAUCAAUUCCAAUUUUACGAACAGAAACACCUCCGCACUUCCUUUAUGAUCAACAAGGGACUAAGGAUCAAUCUUUUAUUCAACGAAUUCUUUGUUUUAACAAUGAUCAAAUACCUACCGUCGAUAAUAUCUUUGAAGCUGGAAGUGAUAGCUGGAGAGCUUAUCGUGAAGUUAAAAAAUUAACACAGAGACAAAAGGAAAUAGAGAAGCAAUCUUUUGAAGAAAAAAGGUUACCAUAUAAGAUAAUUGGAAUGCAAAG